UUUCUGCAUAAUAGCUAUAGAGCAUCCCAGGAUUAUAUCUCUUGCAAUGAAGCUGUUUAUAGCUGUGGCUCUGUUGGUUAUUGGACUUUUUCCCAGUCCAGGCUCAGGACAAACCAGUGAGACUCCAAUUGAGAUAACAACUAAAGCACCAACUCAGGAAUCAACUGAUGCAACAACUCAGGAACCAACUGAGGCCACAACUGAUGCAACAACUCAGGAACCAACUGAGGCCACAACUGAUGCAACAACUCAGGAACCAACUGAGGCCACAACUGAUGCAACAACUCAGGAACCAACUGAGGCCACAACUGAUGCAACAACUCAGGAACCAACUGAGGCCACAACUGAUGCAACAACUCGGGAACCAACUGAGGCCACAACUGAUACAACAACUCAGGAACCAACUGAUGGAUCCAUUAGAGUGGACAUAGUGGAAUUCUUGUACAUAUCAAAUGAUGUUUUGGUAAGAAUCCACUUUAAAAAUUUCAUGGAGAACAUUUAUUACUACGAAUCGUUUGAUACUGAUGUGCCGUGCUUUUUGAACCAACUUGUUUUCAGAAACAGGGACACGAAUGAAAUCUUCCAGGCUGAACACCAGGGUACUUGUUCUUUCUACAACAUCAACUCUGGAUCCAUUCUGAUCCACAUGACUUCUAGAGAUUUUCUCAGGAUGGUUGUAAACAAGCUUAUUGACACAAACUCUACUAAUCAGUCCUUGGAAAUGUACACUGCAGAUAUGCUUGGAACUCCUUUUAACCUUCAAAUAGAACCAGAUAACGCUAUUGAGUGUGACUUGAGAUUGGACUUGUACUACAAUGAAAUGUAUAACAAGUUUGAUUAUUGGAUCGAUGAGGGAAUUCUUUUGAUUCAUUUCUAUGAUUUUAUUGAGGUUGCCACUGUCAAUGCCAGCAAGCUAUCACUCUCUCGCAAUAACCGUCAUCGGUAUGCAAACAACACUGUUAACAUUACGAGUGGUGAAAUACUGAACCAGUCACCUGGCCUAGCAAGAUCUGUGGGUAUCAAACUGACCUCUAAUGAUCAAGAUCUUCUUGCAAGCAAAAGAAUAUGCACUGGAGAUAAUAGGAGUUCUUUCAUUCAAUACUGUUACCUCGGCAUAGAAUCAGGAUUUGCUGCUGCAUAUUUUGGACGAGAAGUUUCUCCUAAUACCUAUUCUGUCAAUAUUAUCCGGAGGACACCCACAGAUUCUGAGCGAGUGUCUGUGUCCAUUCAGCUAGAGUACAUUGAUGGAUUGACUUUGGACCUGGCGCUCAGUCUAGGUCAGCCAAUCAGAAUUCGAUCAAUUAAUUUUGGCGAGGAGAGGAUUAUCAGCGAGAGGAUUAUCAGUGUAACGUGCAUAAGCAGAGACACUAACAAACAUGUAAACCCCAUGCUGGAGAUUGACAAUGGUGCAGUGUCUAUUCCACCUAACUACAUCCAGAAUGACUGGCCCAGCUCCACCACCUUGAAUGCACCCAGGGGGCUAACUGAGUCUGGUUUGCAAGGUUACUACACGUGCAGGACAGAGGGAAACACUUUCCUCAGCCGUCACAUUCUGCAUUCCAAUGCUUUCCACCUCUUUUUCUACCAAGGGACCCCUGCUACAGCUGAUGUAGGAGAAGACAUUGUACUCCGCUUUGCACAUGGCGACUUUUCUGAUCGUUUUAUUGAGGAAUUUCGUAGUGAUCGGUUAGAUGUGCAUUGUGCUGAUCCAUGUGGCAAUCCACCUUUUGAGUACCAUUUCGAAACAAACACCCCAUUUCCGUACCAUGCUGAGCUACACAUCAACAGGACCCAGUUUAACUAUGAGGGAGAGUACUAUAUCUCAUAUUAUGAUGAUGAUCAUCGACUACGGCCAAACUUCAUUAUCAAUGUCAUCAAACCUGAACUCACUCUCUACCCACCGGUCCUGACUGUGCUCAGUUCUAACUCUCCUGAUACAACCGCCUCUCUCACUUGUACCUCUAACAAUACAAAUGUCCCUGUGCUGUUCUCUGGAGAUUACACAUCACUGGGUAUUAUGUCUACAUACUUGGAUGACACUAACAGCUCUGUGAGAUUGGACUUUGAACUGAACAAAUACCGUAUUGUAAUGCUAGAUGGGAUGGAGUUUAUCUGUGAAGCCAGAGAUCCAGAUGAUUUUCAAUCCACUGUGUCAACGGCUAGCUCCACCUUUAGGGCAGUGCCAGGUACUUUAUUUAUUGGUUCCUCAGGGCAAUCAUUUUUUAUUGCUCGGUUAUCUCUCUUUGCAAUUGAGCCUGACGGUGAUCGUAAACAAGUUAUGGAUAGUGCAAUGAUCAAUACAGCCAGAUCGUUUGAAUGCCUGUGGUAUAUCAAUCCUACACGAAUGGAUCUUGAGACCAUCGCUGGGACGUUGUUCUGGAAAAUUUACCUCCCGAAGUCAAAAAAAGAAAUUGAAUUCACUUCAGAUGUUAGUCGUAAAGAUUUUAUAGUCACUACACUCGAGAAUGGUAUCACUCUGAAUAUUCUGGGAGAUUUCUUUGGAAGUGUUUCGUGUAUCUAUGGCGGUGACAGUGUAAAGAUUACCGUUGUCACUGAAGCUCUUGUGGAGGGUGUUGACUUCUUUCCUCCUAUCUUUCCUGAUGAUGCUGUGGAAUUGUUUGAUAGUGAUGAUGGAUGUUCACAGCGGAUUUACUCGAGCACUGGCAUUCCUUUUGGAGCAGAAACAUACCAAUACGUUCAUGUCUGCACGAAUGGCAUGCUGACUGUUGGUACUCCACCUCUCUUUCUCGGUACAGCACAAGAACGAUUCCCUACAUCUGAUAUCAGGAUCAGCCAGUCAAAUUUGCUCGCUCCAUUCUGGAACGACCACGAUGGCCGAAACCUCGCCUCUAACGUAAACUACAGAGUGUACAGUGGUGCUGCCGGUGAUCCAGAUUUUAUGUAUAUUGUGAGAUCUUUUAUCUCAAAUCAUGUCGAUGCUAAACUAUUUGGCAAGUUUGUUCCCACCUGGAUGCUAGUAGCCUCCUGGAGAGAUGUUCCUCCGUAUCCUCACACUGCAACAGACAGAGGAAGAAAUUCGUUUGAAGCCAUUAUCAUAACUGAUGGUGUAGUAACCUUUGUUGUCUACACGUACAACUGUGAUGAUCUGCAAUGGGGUCAGUCGCAGGAUGGGGACUAUUCUACCAUCGGCUACAACAUCAAUCCAGCCUCAUUUUUUGGUAGUGAUAGUAAAGAAUUAACUUCCUUCCACGAUCAUCGUCUUUCAAACCUUCCCAUGAGCGAGAUGAUUGCAUGUUCCAGUCUUGCUAGAGGAUCACGUUAUCAUAACGAGGUGUAUCUUGUCGGCCGAUCUAAAGAUACCACGCAAUUGGCACGUGCAGUAUGUACAAGCUCUAUCAACAACGAUACAUUGUAUGGUGACAUCAUUGAUGGAACCACACUAAAGGAUGGAUGCCCUUGCAACUCGGCUCAAGCAUCAAGAGACUUUGCUUAUAGUUUUAUUGAUAUGUUUGAGUUGACAUUGGACCCUGUGUAUGCUGGGCAGUUCUGUGUGACUCAGAGAUUUCCCCAGAGGAACACCAUUCUCUGUUGCUAUGGACGGAACAGUGGAGCUCUCAACAAUGUUGGUGGUAUCAGUGGAGUGGUGGCGUAUAGUCCUAGCUUUUUCCCAAGAGAGUUUCUUGAUAAUGAUUACAACUUGCGUCGCAAAUGCAGCAUAGGAGGUGAAGCUGACACACUGUACAGGACUAGACGACCUCCAGUGACCUGUGCCACUUAUACCCCACCAAGAAGAACCUUCUGUACGGGUGAUCCUCAUCUCACCAACCUUGAUGGAGCUAAGUUCACAUUCAACGGUUGGGGAGAGUACAUUGUACUGGAGUUGGAGACUGAUGACACCACGUUCUGGGUGCAAGCUCGUAUGCAACCAAUCACAGAUUCUCUGGCUACUGAAUUAGGUGGUUUCGCUUUCGCUAUGAGCAGGGACACUCCUGUUGAAAUACACCUGAAUGCGUCUAGACAACUUGAGAUCCUAAUCAGUGGAGUAGAUGUAACGGACCAGCUGGUCAACGUCAGCUCUUCUAUAUCCACUGACCUCUAUUCUGUAUCUCGAAGCAGUUCCAAUUCCAUUCUGGCCACAUUCCCAAAUGGAAUGGGAUUAAUGGUGAAUCUCUCCAGCAUGCUCACCUUCACAGUUAUCAUCCCUGAUGCCUUCCGUGGACUAACUAGAGGAAUGGUUGGGAACUACAACGGUAAUGUCACUGAUGAUGUCGUAUUCCGAAACGGAACUAUGGUGCCUAUUAGUGAAUUUUCCUUUCGGAUACUGCAUCAAGUAGGACUGUCAUGGCAAGUGGAUGCUUCAGAGUCUCUCUUCACUUACCCUGAGGGCUUGACUACUGAAGACUUUGCUGUCCUUGACCACGAUCCACCCUACCUGGAUGAAGUGGUAGCCAAUGCGUCAGCAGAAGUGCUUAAAAUGUGUGGAGAUAAUGUCGAGUGUAUUUUUGACUCUAUAGAAACAGGAGACAUCAAUAUCGGCCUUGAAACCGUGACAAUGAUUUCCAUAAUUGAUGAAGAUGAGAAGCAAGCAUCAAACUUCCCUCCUCUCAUCUACGGCCCUGUGAGCCUCUAUGUUACGCUGGGGGUAGAGGCUGUACUGGUGUUCAAUGUGACUGAUGACAAGGGCAGUAUCAAUGUUACGCUGGUGGAUGGACUGCCAGCUGGGGCCACUCUACUGCCUACCCCUAAGGGUGACUAUACAAUGGAGUUCACCUUCAGGUUAGAACUUAAUGCGAUUGCUGAUAUUUCUCUCGUGUUUUUGGCCACUGAUGAGCUGGAUGCUGGGUCAACUCUGGAAGUGCAGAUUGUGAUCUGUGCUUGUGAGAAUAAUGGCAACUGCACACUGGAGGGAGUGGUGGAUCAGAGUGCCAGUACUGUCGUCUCCAACUGUGUAUGCCUUCAAGGUUGGGAGGGUGACUUCUGUCAGGAUGAUGUCAACGGUUGUGCCAACUUUGACUGUUUCAUGAGUGUGGAUUGUGUGGACGUCCCUGCUCCAGGAGUGGGGGCAAUGUGUGGUCCAUGCCCUCCAGGGUAUCUUGGAGACGGGUCGAAGUGCGCUGAUAUCGACGAGUGUAAUGGUAUCCAUGGUUGUGCUCAACUGUGUGUCAACCAACCGGGAAGCUUCGAGUGUGCCUGUUACCCUGGUUACGAGCUCAAUAGUCUAACACAAUGUAUAGAUAUUGACGAGUGCUCUUUGCUCAAUGGUGGUUGUCAUCAAGUCUGCACCAACACGAUUGGAGGGUUUGAUUGCAGCUGUGAGGAAGGGUACACCAUCAACACCGACAACAGAACAUGCCAAGUUGACCCAAUAGCGAUGUGUGAUGCUAGUAACAGCUGUGCCCAAUCAUGUGUGAGAUUAUCCGGAGUGGAAACAUGCGGCUGUCUCCCUGGUUACGAACUGGCGUCCAAUGGGAUAAAUUGCACAAAUAUCAACGAGUGUCAGGAGAAUCCAUGUGAGCAGAUCUGCACUGACUUGGAGAGAGGUUACGAAUGCUCGUGUCGUGAGGGAUACCAGCUGUUUCCUGGGGGGAGAUGUACCGAUAUCAACGAGUGUUUGGUGGCAGCUCUGGACAUAUUUGCCGCUGACCUUUGUGAACCCUCCAUGUUUUGUGUGAAUGUUGAGGGUAACUACAGCUGUGAGUGUCCGGCUGGUACACUACUAGUGGAGGGAGUGUGUGAAGCUGAGAACGUGCUAACCACCACUGCUGCACCACCAGUGACGACUGUACCUGAUGACACUGAUACUAUUCCUACUGAUGCUAUUCCUAAUGCCGUUGUCGUGGAGAUCAACGGAUUUACUCCUUCCACGUUCACUCCUGAGAAUCAGAGGCGCUUCAGAGAAGCCACAGCAGAUGCUGUCAAUGGCUACUGUGAGGAAAAUGAGUGUCUCGUAGUAUUCCCGGACCCUCAGGCAAGAGCGAGGAGGAACACUCUCACGGCUGACAACCUCUACAUUGCUGGCAUCACUAGCACUGGAAAUUCUAGAGUCAGCUUCAGCUUGUAUGCUCGUUUGGGUGGUGGUAUCCUCAGCGGCAGUGCCUUGGCAACGGCUGUACUGGAUCACCGUGACGAGUACGCAGCCCUAGGCUUUAAUGUGGCUAGUGUACAACUGCCUACGGAAUCAACCACCAUUCUGACGACCAACCAGAUCAUUGGUAUAGCGGUGGGGGUUGUUCUUGGACUAAUCUUAAUACUGGUCCUUCUUCUGAUUAUUAUCACAUGUUGUUGUGUGAAGUAUCGAUCAGGACAACCCAAGAAUGGAGGAGACCUCACCAAUGUUGGUACUAGCCUUGACAUGAAGCCAGUACCCCACGAGGGCCUUGAAGAACAAGCCGUGGGACUAGAGUCUGAGGAGAAGGAAGGGGAUCUCGACUAUGAGAGAUAUAAGACUAUUAAAUAAACCAUUAAUUUACAGUAUUUUGGUGACACUAUAAUUAGUAUGCUGCUGAACUUUUAGCUUUGUUUUGUCUUCUAGACUUAUUAUUGUCCAUGUCCCCCUGCGGCUCUACUAUUAAUAAAUAAAUAGAGCUGGUAUAAACGCCAUUAGUGCAAACUUUCGUAUGAAUUUCGAUUAUUUUCUGUUCUAUUCGUAUACAGCUCAGAA